GGUCUAAAUCUGUGGCUAUGGAGCGUCCUCACUUCCCGCUGGCAUUGGGCCUGAGCCUGCUCGCAUUCUGCCUCCUGACCCUGUCCCCGGAUGCCCGCGCCGAGCUGAGGAGUCGCAGGGUCGGAGAACCUCAGAACCUGCCUCCCGAUGACCCACGGGUGCAGAAGGCCGCCCAGGCAGCUGUGGCCAGCUACAAUAUGGGCAGCAACAGCCUCUACUACUUCCGAGACACCAAAAUCAUCGAUUGCAAGUACCAGCUGGUGGCUGGUGUCAAGUACUACCUGACUGUGGACAUAGAGAGCACAGAGUGCAGAAAGACCAGAUUUUCCGGAGACCACAUGGACCUCACCACCUGCCCCUUGGCCGUAGGGGGGCAGCAGGAGAAGCUGCGCUGCAACUUCGAGCUCCUCCAAGUCCCCUGGAGGAACACCACCCAGCUUAUCAAACAUGACUGCAUGCAGGUGUGACCAGCUCCAGGGUAACAGCGGCAAGACCCCCUGGGACAAGCACGGUGGUGGAGGCACCUCAGGGCCAUGGGCCACGCCUGCUGUAAUAAAUUUCCAGCUCUGCCUCUUGCA